UCUCAGCAUCAUUGGAGGCAAUCUGAAAGCAGAGACAUAUUAAGAUUAGAUUCUACAGCAACUGGUAAUCCCAUAUCUCCGCUUUUUGAAAAGGAACUCUGUCCUCUAAGAUCUCGGUGCUUGCCCCAUGGAGCAGGAUUUAUCAGAGACUACUGCCAGAAUUUGGAAAUAGAUAAGAUGGAAUGGGCUGCUGUAGACCCCAGAGUGACCAACACUACAUUAGGUGACUUACAAUAAAUGCUGCUUGAAGAAUGGGAUGCCAUCCCAUGGCAGUGUACAACCAAGCUGCUGACCAGCAUGAGGAAGAAGAGUUGUCAAUAUGUCUUGUUUCUUCAAAUUUCAAUCAUCUAGUUCAAUAAACAACACCAAACAAGAGCCAAGAGCAGAAUAAGUGGAUGUAUUUCAUGGGUGAAACCCACAAAUGCAUUUUCCUUACAAAUGUGGCACCAUUUAAAGGGAACUAGAAAGAUUUUCCAACAUCUAGGUAUAGCUAUAGCUGCAAAAGAAUGUCCUAUUUAAUGCAUUUAACUCCUUACAUAUAGACAACUUCAGGAUUUUGUAAUGUUUUUUUUUUUAUAUAAACGCCAAAUAUGGGGUUAUGUCAUGUGCUUUUGAUCAGAUGAGACGUAAAACCUCACGGUUGAAGGAGGAUGUGCACAAUAGCUUUUCAGAUUGAUUUUACAUUGAAAUUCUUGCUGUACCCAUUUAUAACUCUUAUUAGCUUGGUGUUAAUUUUAAAGAAAUCACAGUAAUGGAACCUUAUAGGUUCAUUUUUAAGCGAAUAUUGUUUUAUUUCUAGCCAGGAAAUGUCAUUUGUGGUGCAUAGAGGAAAUAAAAACAACACGUUUUGUAUCAGUUUUGUAUUGUAAUUGUGUUUACCACGCAACUAUCAUUUCUCUAAAUUGUACACACUAAUACAAUAAAUCUCAUAAAUUAACCAGUGCACACACACAAAAGAUAAAGAAACAACAGUUAAUAUAUAUUUUUUUCCCCUGCAGAUUUAAAUUCAUGAUCACAAACUAUAAGUCACAGUAUAUCAAAAACUGGGAGAGAGCGGAAACUUUAUAAGAGGAGGCGUUUUCUGCCACAGGAUGUUUUCUCUCAAGAGAGAGCGCAUGAGCUUCAAUCUGCAACUCUGUGGGUGAGGUUUGAUGAGGAUGUGAUGUAUUAACAUGAAAAGAACACGUGCGUGGAAGCAGGGUUGACUAUAUCGGGGUAACAGAUCAGAUUGCUCUGCAGCGUACGGCUUCAUGCAGCUCAUUUGAGGAGCUUGGAGUUUUUAGGUGAUUACGGAAAUUUGUUUUCCUGGAAGAAAGUUCUGCUGGAAGAGGGGACCAUGAUGGGAGUCUGCUGGUUGGUAAUAAUUCUACUGUGCUGCACAUCCUAUUACAGAUGCUACGAGCAACAGGGAGACCUUCUCUGCAAUACAGCGGAAAGCCCUGAUCAUGUGUUUGUGCCAUGCCCAAACAUGACCGCUGAAGAUGUGACUUUCAAACUUUACAGAAACAAUAAGGUGAUCUACCAACUAUGCACUGAUACUCAAAAACAAAAUUGUAACCUAACCAUGGCAGGUGUCAACCCAUGCAAAAAUGAGAAGAAUGAACUUACAGGGUUCAAGCUUACCAGAAAGACAAUCACAAAGCAAGUAGUCUACGUUUGUGAGGGUACUAUCAUGUACCCUCCUCCUGUCACAUCCAAGGACAGUAAAUCAGUCUUGGUCCUAGAAGAAGAACAAGGAUGCCAGUGCAAAACAGAAAAAUGUAAAAGAGACGAUCCAGAGCCACCAAAAACAGACAGACCUGUAUGGAUCUGGAUAAUGGUUGUUGCACUUCUUAGCACCUACAGCCUAGCAGUUACUAUUGCUGCCUUGGUUAUCUGGUACAAGAUGAAAGACGUAGAUUCCCAGAAUGACUACAUGAACACCAAACCCAUAGCUCUUCCAAAACACAGAAGGAAAAGAGGACUCCAGCAUCCUAUACCAAAAAACUACUGGUGAUUUGGACAUCACUGGAUCAUUUUCCUUGCAAUCCCUUAACACACUGACUAUCUUUGGGACUUAUGAAUAUAACAUUAUUAAUCACUUUGUUUCAUUUAUGUAUUUUGUUUUUUAAGAGACUUUUUGUAUGUUCUUCAGAAAAACAGCGCUUCUUUUACGAGGGUGUCUGAAAUAAUUAUGGAUGUAUUAAAAACAAUGUCAAGUUUU